AUUUUAAAAAAAUAAUUCUUUAAAAUGUCGAAAAGAGAACGCCCUCCCAAUUUCUUUGACGAUGAAGAAGACGAAGAUUACAUGAUUGCAGCAGCAUUAGAAAAUGAUAAAGAGAAUGAAGAUAUCGGAUUCGAGGAUUUUAUGACGAAUAAGCCAAGCACAAAAUACAUCUCUUCUAGCUUGCCUGUUUUUUCAAACGUUUUAGAUGAUUACGAUUUUCCUAUUUACGAUGACGAACCCGAAGAUCUUUUCACGACUGCCAAACAUACCAGUAUCUUUGAUCGACCCAACCCUGCCCAGAAUACUAUUGUUUCAGCUAUGGAUUAUAUGGAUAUUUCUGAUCACGAAAUGGAGGACGAGGAUACGAUUGACAUAAGCGGUACGAGAGACGAAAUAAGUAAAUACAGCCGCUCUUUAGGAACAAAAGAUUCGUCCAAAAAUGGUUUAAAUUAUACAUUAAUUCCUGAAACUGGUGCGUUCAUUACUGCAACCUGUCCCACCACUGGAAAAAAUAUCUAUUUCUCAAAGACAACAGAGGGUGAAUCCAAGAAGAAAACGAAUUUAUUGGUCAAGAAUUUGACAACUUCAAAAGGUGGCUCAAGGGGUUUGUUAGAAAAACCCAUUUGGCAGCUGUUGAAAAAUAUCGAAAAGAAUAACGAAAAAAAAGCCCGGCAGUUACAAAAAGAACAGGAUGAAGAAGAUGGGAGAAAACUUAAAAAACAGAGGAUAGUAAAAGAUGUAUCCAAUAAGCUCUGGGUCGAUAAAUACAGACCUACUUGUUAUAUGGAUUUAAUGGGUGAUCAACGUAUAAACCGUGAAGUGUUGAAAUGGGUCAAGCAGUGGGAUUACUGUGUAUUUAAAAGAAAGUCUGCCCAGGAAACUCAGCGUGAUAAAGUGAUGAGACAGUAUAAAAGUAAAUUUGGGACAGAACCCAAAUUUGCUGCAUAUAAGAAUAUGGUUACGAACAAAGACCCUCUUCUUCGUCCAGAAAAAAAGAUUUUGUUAAUGUCAGGCCCUCCAGGUUUUGGUAAAACUACCCUAGCUCAUGUAAUUGCCAACCAAGCAGGAUAUAACGUCAUCGAAAUCAAUGCCAGUGAUGAUCGUACAGGAACAGCAGUAGGCAGUAAAAUCAAAGCCGCCCUAGAAAUGCAAGCCAUCAUUAGAGUAAAUGCUGGCGAUAAUUCAAUGUCAAUGACCCAAAAACCUAAUUUGGUUAUUAUUGACGAAAUCGAUGGUGCAAGUGCAAGUGGUGGUGCGGAUAGUUUUAUCAAGCAGUUGAUUGAUUUGGCAAACGCCGAAGUAGAUGUGAAGAAGAAGGGAAAAUCAAAGAGUAAACCUUUAUUAAGACCCAUCAUUUGUAUCUGCAACGACGCGUAUUCGCCUGUACUUCGGCCACUUCGCAUGGUAGCAGAAUCCAUUGUAUUUAGGAAGGUUCCCAUGAUGUCCAUCGCAAAAAGAUUGCAAGACAUUUGUGAUUUGGAAGGUCUUGACAGCGACUUGAGAACCUUGAGUAUGCUGGCUGAAACCACGGAUGGCGAUAUCCGUAGCUGUAUGAAUACAUUACAGUAUAUAAAAGGAAAAAGUUCAACAUUUACAAGAGACAUGCUGGCUUCUUCAGGAGCUGGAUCUAAAGACAUGGGCAAGUCGAUCUUUUCGGUUUGGGAAGAUAUCUUUUCGGCACCAAAUGCACGCUUUAAGACAUCCGUCAAUAAGGCAGAUUUUGACAACAAUAGGUUUUUGGAUAGAUUAACAAAGACUGUCCAGGGUAAUGGUGAAAUCGAUCGAAUUAUGCAAGGUUGUUUCGAGUCCUUCCCUCAUAUGAAAUUCCAUGAUGUUGCACUUCAAAAGUUCUGCCAAAUAAGUGAAUGGCUUGAAUUUUAUGAUACCAUCGAUCAAAGAAUUCACUCUAACUUUGAAUACGGAUUGUUUAAAUAUCUUACUUAUCCAAUCGUCAGUUUUCAUCGUCUAUUUGCAGGAUCGUCUUCUCAAGACCAUGUCGUUCAAUACCCAAAAAUACAAUAUGAAGUAUUCACUACCAAGAAAUCCUACGAAAACUUAAUUGCCAUCUUUUUAUCAGGCAUCCAUUCCUCCAAGAGAAGGUAUUUGAACAGAGAUAUGGUUGCUAAUGAGUUAGUGCCUUUAUUGAUGCAAAUUAUUUCACCCGAUUUAAAAAUCACAAACAAGCAACUUAUUAAGCCUUUGGAGAAGGCAAAACUUACAAGGCUAGUUGAUUCUAUGAUUGAGUUUGGUUUGUCAUUUAAGCAAGAAAGAACAGAGGACGGUCAAUAUGUCUAUAAGCUUGAGCCGCCUGUGGAACAGCUUUUAAACUUUGAGUUGUCUACGCCCAAAGCCAUUUUGCCAAGGCAAUACGCAGUUAGACAAAUGAUUGCAUCAGAAAUCGAUACUGAAAUUUUUAGGAGAAGAGAAGAGGCCUCGCAAUCACGUAAUGGACAGACUAAAGAAAAGCCAUCACGAGAAAUCAGCGAUGAAUCCAUACGUAAUAAAAUCCUACAAAGGGAGAUGAAACAAAAACAGACACCCCUUGAUUUCUUCGGACGCGCGUUUGUACCCAGAGUCAGAUCAGAGACCGACAGACCGAUAAGAAAUGCUAAAAUGGAAGUUGAUACACCUAAAGCCAAUGUUAACUACCGAUACCACGAGGGGUUUUCAAAUGCAGUAAGAAAACCAAUGACUGUACAAAUGUUUCUUUAAAAUAAUUCAUGUUGAA